UCACCACCCUCGUCACUGACUAGUUGUACACCAGGCUGAAAACAUGAAGACGUUUCUGGUAGCUUGUUUCCUCGUCCAAUUGCAUGGGCGAAAUCAAUCUCCAAGCCCUGCUGUGUUCCUCACCAAUGGGAAGCUGUCCUUGGCGGGGACCAGGUAACGUCAGAUCAUGGACAACCCAUGAGAACAUCUAGGGUAACGAACUUUCUGUCAAGUGACUACACCAACAAGAAGAUGGCCAUCGUAUCCCUGACUGAUGAAGGUGGAGAACAUAGAUGGGGAAAGACAAUCUAUGACUUUGCCAAUAAGAAGCAGUACGUCAUAAGUGAGGACAAGUGCACCGUCUACCCCGUGACAUUUAAAAUGACCUCCCCGUGCAUUCCUGCCAGUGCCACCUAUCUGGGAAGCUCGUACCUUGGCGGGAGCAGCAGAAUUUCAUUCGACUCCUGGAGCUACAUGCUGCCCGAGUACAUGAGUAACAUUACGAUCUCGGUCAGCCAGGACGACUGUACCCCACUGGUGGAGGAGGUCAAGUCUCAAAAAGGCAACUUUCAGUCAAUCAUGAUUGGUGCCUUCGCUUCCUUCACCCUCGGGAUAAAGGAUCCGAAUGUGUUCGUCCCACCCCCAAGCUGCAAGGAAGACAAUUUUAAGCUUGCCGGGGUAUCCGUCGGCCACUCUGCCCAUUCCUUUCAGUAGACUAUAUGGUAGACCAAUAUCCCACAAAACCAUGUAAGGAACGAGAUGCACAACGGAACACUAGCGACUUUCCGAUAGUUCACAAAAGUUGAUAAUCGGAACUGUAUUCAGGUGAUAUGUAAUCUUAUUUUAUCAGAUCUGCCCAAUUUUGUUUUUGAUAUGAUGAAGUCCUUGUAUUUUGCACUAAUAAAUGAUCAGUAUUGUCCGAUUCUGUUUUAACCAUGCUUUACACUACCAUCAAGGCUGCCUGUUUUUAUUAGAAUUGUCCGAAUGUAGUUUGAUCUGUUUAAUUCAGCGUGGAAUAUUUUGAAAUUAAAAGAAAUAAAAAUACAUAAUAUUUU